GAGGAGGUUUUCCGUCAGGAGGGCCGAGGGAGAGGGGGAGAGGGGGAGAGAGAGAAAAAAAAUAUAAGUCGGAGUCGCGUCGUCUCGAGGAAGCCAUCGUCCGAAAAUGUGGAACGACGUGGAACUUCUGACAAACGAUGACACGGGCAGCGGUCGACUGAACAUUGAGGCCAGGGGAGAGAACGGUGCGGCCCUUUAUCAAGUGGACACUCUGGUUAAAAUAUCCUCUUCAGAGAAGGUUACAAGCAGCCCCGAACUUCAUGCCUACAGCAGCUCAGAUGGCUGUGUGCUGGUGGUUGACCGCUCGGUGAUUCUGUUGGACCAGACCUGUCAGUCCGUGCUGCUGCAGCUCCGGUUUGAUACUGCGGUGGAUGUGGUGGGCUUGUGCCUUGAGGGACAGUUUCUGAUGGUGGGGGAAAGAAAUGGAAACCUUCACCUCCUGCACGUGAAGAGUAGGCAGACCCUGCUAACCAACGCGCUGAUAAAAGGCUCUACAGAAGAGGAUCAGAAGACAUAUUGGUCUCUUUCUUUGGAGCAGGACAUCUGUCACUUAGGCAGUUACCACACGCUGCUCCUUACCACUCAUGGCUUCUUCUGGGUCUCUGGUCUUCACCUCGCCAAUCUUCAACAAGCGAUCGAGACGACGGACUUGGAAGCGGCAAAAGCACUCAAGGAACACAUAAAGAUCAAGUACAUCGCCACGGAGGACCAGCACACGGCUGGCUGCUAUCAUGCAGCCAUUGAGAGUUUGAAGAGUGGUGUUCAGUUAAUACUCGGGGGGGCAGGUGACUGUGUCCUGUCAAAAUGGAAGGUGGAUCCUGUGGAGAAAGGAAUAACCAUCAGCAGCAAGGUCGAUUCAUCCAUGAUGCAAGAUGUGAAGAAAUGUCAAAUUCUGGACAACCUGCUGUUUGUCCUGGACCACAGUAAUCUUCUCAGCAUGUGGGAUGUCUGCGCCCUUGUCAUGGUCUGGUCCUGGCCUUCUGUUCACAUCCAAGACUUCUUACUGACCUCUGAGGGUGACUCCUCCGCUCUGACCAAACAAGAGAAUGCCAACCUAAAGCUUGUUGCUCUGACGGCUCAGAAUGAUAAAUGGAUGAGGAACCUCCUGGUGUAUUCACUUCCAACCAUGAAUCUGCUUUACUCCUUGGAGGUGGCAGGAGUUUCAGCUCUGGUUCAGACCGGCAUCACUCAGGACACAAUAUAUGUUCUGGAAGGAGUUUAUGAAAGUCAGAAGAGAUCACCCGAGGCAGCUGUCUCUGCUGUGGUGAUGAGAUGCUUAACAGAAGCGUUGCCAGAAAACAGAUUAAGUCGCCUGCUUCACAAGCACAAGUUUGAGGAAGCCGAGAGGUUUGCCAUCCAGUUUGGGUUGGACGUGGAGCUGGUGUACAAAGUCGAGCUCAAUAUAGUCCUGGAGAACCUGGCCUCGACUGCCAUGACCAGCCGCAGCCCCUCAUCCUGGCAGGGCAUAGUCAAUGACGCCAAAGAAAAUCUGCAUAAAAUACAGGAUGAUCAGUUUGUGGUGAAAUAUUGUAUGGAUGUCGCUUGGCCAACAUUUGAGACCACCUUGGAAAUGCUGAAUUAUGCCAAAAAUCGGAUUCUGAAGAAAGCAGAUAAAAAUCCAACUGGCAUCUCUGAAGAGCAAGCUGCAUGGCUGGCCGAGGUGCUGAGAACACAAGCAAGACUAGUUACUUUUCAUGGGAUGUUCGGACCUGCACAGUUUAGUGGCAACACUUGGAUUGAGUUUCUGAACAAUGAGGACCUUUUUAAUGACUUCCUAAUGCAGCUCCAGGGGGGGAACUUGACGUGUGCUCAGUACCUUUGGCUAAGGCACCAGGUGGAAUUUGAAAGCAAAUUUGAUGUGAAGCGGUUGGAAAAUUUGCUGAACUGCAUCACCGCAAACACCCCAUCGCAUGACCUCUGCCUCUGGUUCAAAAACGUCAUCAUUCCUUUUGUGCUAAGGAUUGUACCCAGAGGAAAGAAAGUUAUAGCAAGGUGGCUGGAACACAGGGCCCGCAGCCUGGAGCUAAUCGAGAAGGCGCACUGGCCAGAGAACGGAUUGCAAAUGGCAGAGUUGUACUUUGUAGCUCGGAACCCAAAUGAUCUCGGACUUGCCACCUCCUGGCUUUGGAUCCCAGUGAAGGAAGAAACGGAUUGCGAGGAGAUGCACCAGUUAAAGAAGCUGGUUAACAACCUGCAGGAGCUGGUUAACCUGCACAGAAAAUAUAACUGCAGACUGGCACUCUCCGAGUUUGAAAAGGAAACUACAGCUACCAUUGUAUUUCGCAUGUUAGAUAGAGUUUUGGCUCCAGAACUUAUUCCUUCUACACUUGAGAAGGUGAUCCAGCCGUACAUAAACAAGCACAGUCUGCAGAGAGAGGAGCUACUGCUGCAGUACAUCAAGGAUUUGCUGGAGCGUUGUAGCUCACGUUCGGCCUCUCUUUUUGAAACUGCGUGGGAGGCUAAAGCCAUGGCUGUGCUGGGCUGUAUGACCGACACUGAACUGAUCUUCGAUGCAGUGCUGCAGAUCAUGUAUGGCGCAGUGGUGCCCUGGAGCGAUGCGGUGGAGGAGCUGGUCAAGCAGCACCUGGAAAAGAACCACCGCAAGGUGAAGCAGCUGCAGGAAAGCUACAGACUCAUGGAGAUGAAAAAAUUGUUACAAGGAUACGGGAUACGCAACUUCAACGUGUCCAAUGACUACGAGAUCAUGAGGCUAGUCAACUUCAUCUUGAAACAGGACCUGGGGUCCUCGCUGGACGACGCUCUGAAGGUGGUCCGUGCCUAUAUGCUGCCCCCCGUGGACGUUUACUUUCUUCGAAUCUCGCACCUCAUCUCCAAUGGACGGAGAGAUGAUUGCCUUAACGUCCUGAAGUCUCUUGCCUUCAGCGAAGCGGAGGACACCGCAAUGAGGCUGGUCACGUGGGCCCGAUUGAAGUUUCAGGACCAGCCCGAUAGCCCUGAGGGGAAAAAGCAUCUGGUGUCAAUCGCAAAGGCUUUGGUGGAGGUUCUUAAAUUCCUGCAGACCCAUCAAAAGGAUGAUACUUCGAAAAAGGAAGAGUACCAAAGCCAUUUAAAAAUGUUUGAAACCAUUGGAAAUUUACAGGAAUAUUUUGAUAUCUUUAUUUCUUUGCGAGACUACGAGAGUCCAGAAGCGCUCUUGCAGUUGUACGAAGAGCAGGUGCAAGCGUUAGCCAGCACGUGGUCCAGGUCAAAGUCGGGGAAGGAGCCACUUGUGAACGGCUGCUCAGAGAACAAAGCCACGGUUCCUACUGAGGGCAGGCUCUACAGACUCUCCCUCCUGCUGCAGAACUCCGAGCAGCAAGCGGGAGGGCAGCUCGCCCUGAGAGCUCUUGCUGACGGAAAAGUGGAGAAGGCGCUGAAUAUUUGCAGUGAACUUUAUGAACAAUAUAAGAACGAUCAGACUGCCCAGGUGUUGCAUCACGUAGCUCAGAAGCUGUGCCAGAUGUUGGAGGCCAACAUUCCCAUGAUAAUCCCGCCUGGGAUGAAUUUGCCGGCUAUUAUUUAUGAACUGACCUGCCAAGCCAUCACCAUCUGCAGCACCGACUUCUUGUUCGACUGCCAAGAGUUGUGUAAAUGCACCCGUGUGGCCAUGGAUGUGUACAGACAGUGCAUGAUCGAGGAUUAUGGAUUUAUAACAAAGAUGUCGAACAUGGGAAUUGAUCGUGACCCAUACGAUGAGUGGAUAUUUGAGGAGUUCUUCCUCGAGGAUGGCAUAGUGCUGAACCAGCUGUCGGUGCUGCCCGUCAUGUACAAAAUCACAGCUGCCUUUGUGCCCCAUUUGCCAGGCAAAAAAUUGUACCCGUUGGAUUGCAUGAGUGUGGCGAUGAGUCCAGAUAAGACAGACAGGAAUCCUUUGCUGCCAGUGAACAUGCCGGUCACAAACUUGCUGCAGAGUUUACAGGAGUGCAGUCAGCUUCAGCUAGCCUUACAGGUGACCAUCAACUCCUUCGGGACCUGCUUUCAGCACUUCACCUCCAACAACAUGAGUUUAGAGUUAAGCAAGAAGCUUUUCCAGAAGGAAACCGUAACCGUGGCCAAGGAUCUUGUUGUGGACAUGGGGAAGGCAGCCUUGUCCCUCAUUUCAGCUGCGUCUGUGGCAUUGUUACACAAGGUGUUUAACUGCCGUGUGGUGGACACUGAUUUGGCGCUGGCAUACUGCACGCUGCUGCCCAAACGGCAGGUGUUUGAGAAGCUGUGGAACGUCAUCAAUGACACGUGGCAAAAUUACAGCAAAGUCUUGGCAGUGGCCCAGGUCGGUGCUCAGCUGGCAGAUUGGUAUCAGGAGUCGCAGCAGAAGGAAAGUUUCACCUCUCUGAUUGCUGACUCGGAGUGGGGUCUCAGGCUCAGCAAACUCGGGAUCUCCUUCCAGUCAGCGUUCAAGGAGUGUGCAACCAAGAAGAAGGAACUGAUCCCUGUUCUGGUGGAGAACCCAAACACAGACUCAGAGCUGAUCCUGCAGUACUGCCGGACCUUUGAGCUGAAUAGCGACAUAGCUCUGCAGCUGUACGUCGAAACUCUGCUGCUGCGUGGGGGCAGCGCCCACAGUGGCGAAGGGGAGCCGGGGGGCGUGAAGCCGGCCCAUACAGAGCUGUUGGCCAGAGCUGUCGAGAUUGUUCCUUUGUUAAAGAUCACCUCAGACUUGGUAGUCAGUCUGAACAGCUCUCUGUACAAGAUGGACCCUUACGACUAUGAAGUCAUUGAAGGCGUCUUAAAGAUUAUAAAUUUGGCAGAUGAGAAGAUUGUCAGCAUCAAUCUGGAUCAGGCUUUAAGUCUGUUGCAACACCUGUACUCCUACAAUCGUGUUUCUCCUCUGUCAGACCUGGAACAUGAGUACCUGAUGGAGCAUUCAAUCACCCUCUCACCUGCGACCAAAACCCGGCUGCCCUUUCACCUGCUUUUCUUUGAAAACUCCCAGAGGUUCUGGACGAUCAUCUCUGCAGAACUCAGUGAGGAGACGUUUCCCACUCUGCUCCUGAUAUCCAAACUGAUGAAGGUCUCCCUGGACAAGCUUUACAUGUCUGCCGUCAAGCACGUCUUUGCCAAGACGCUGAAGCCUAGAGCCCUAAAGCAGGCCAAGGAGGGAAGUGUGUCACUGAUAACCAAGGAAACUGCUGAAACUGUCCAGACCAUCCAGUCCUAUAUUUUGUCAAUCACAAACCCAGAGUGGGCAAUCGCUAUUUCCCAUUGGAUCGCACAAGAACUUCCAAUAGGACCGGAUAAGAUCCAGGCCCUGAAGUUCUGCCUGCAGCUGUCUGAGAACUGGCUGAACAGCACUUCGCCAAAGGACGAAGCUCACCAGAAAGCUGAGAAUUCGCUGAGCAAGUUGCGAGUGGAGUACGAGAGGUCAGCCACUGAGAAUGUACUGAGGAUUCACACCCUGAAUAGCCCCGAGCACCUGAAACUAAUCAAGCUGCCGGCCAAGCUCAUCCGCUCACUGUAUGAGCACAGCAGUAUCGAGGAGAGGUUUAAACAGCCUACUGCUAGGAGCUAUCCAGAUAUCCACACCGCCGCUAACCAGCUCGCUGAAAUAAACAGCCGGGAUAUCAAUAAAAUCCGGAGCGCCUUACUGGAGGAGUGGCUAUGCCCUCCCAGCCAGCCAGAUGCGGGUGAGAUGCCGCUGGAGUUUCUCAGCGAUAUGCAGGAAGAUGCAGCUCUGUUGAGAGUUAUUUACCUCCUUCAGCCGUACCCCGUUGACUAUAGCGCCAAGCUCCUCUCAACUUUUGCAACUGCUUCAACCUCUCCUUUUGUCAACAAACAGCUGACAUUUGCACACAGGAGCCGAGCUUUGCAGUGCUUGCUUCACAUCGCAGAUAGCAAGAUGAUAACUGCUAUCAGCCAGCAGUCCAUUGAGAAAGUCAAGUCGUAUCUGAAGUGCUGCAUUUACCUGGCGGAGUUUGAGAUGCUGAACAUUCCUUAUACCACGGAGUCCUUCCACAACAGCGCCAAAGAGGGGAUGAUUAAAGGCUUGUGGAAGAACCACAACCAUGAACCCAGGGCUGUCCGUCUGGUGACUGAGCUGAGCUUGGAGUAUGGGGUGUUUGACCAGCUGCUCUGGAAUGGAAUCCUGCAGAAGCUUCUUGGCUUUAACAUGAAUAACUACCUGAGGAAGGUUCUGAUGGCAAUCACUGCAGUGCACGCUCUGUGGCAGAUCCCAAACUUUACCCGAGCAUGGCGCAGUGUGAUCCUUGCACCCUUCCUCACAGCCUCGAGCCCGCCAAGUCCCAGGCAGCUGGAGGCCUGUUACCAGUCUUUUGUCCUCUUAAUCAAGUGCCCGGUUCUCCUCGAUGUCGACCUGUUUGGCAUCGCGAAGCAGUUUGCACAGCUGGAGCUGUCUUCGUUCUCUCUGGGCUGCUUGCUGCUCGUCCCUUAUUCAGAGAAAAAAGAGCAACAAAUACAGAGGUUUCUUGUGUCCGUUGAUCCGGUGAAGAUUUUGCAGCAGGUUGUGGACCACAUGAGCACUGGCGAGGUCGCAGGAUUCGGCUCGAAGAUUACAAAGUUAGUGCUGGAUCGGGUGGUAGACGAGAAGCAGUUUGCCAAACUGCUUGGGACUGAAUACUUUGCUCUGCUGAAGCAGCACAUGAUGGAGAGAAAGCGAGGCCCAGAGCUGGUGGCUUUCCUCAUGAGCAGCAACAGCCUGAACGAUAUUAUGCCUUUCGCCAUCGAGUGUCUGAAGCGGGAAGGAAAGAGCGUGCAAUCGAACUUCUCCCCAGAGGAUAUUUUACAGCAGUGUCUCCGUGAGAAGAUGUAGGAGCCUCAGAACUUCACAGAAAGAAUGUUUCUCUGCCCACCAACUGAGAAAGUUGACAUCACUUUCUGCAGUGUUCAUUCGUUGGGUUUGUCUGUUCAAUCGUGGGCGUUUUGCGCCAAUGUUAAUUAAGAUUAAUGACAGAUCCUGAUGCCCAGGUAACAAACUUUUUAUAGAGUUUAAGUAUUUUACCAGUUCCUACAUUUAAAGUCUCACUAUUUUGUAAUUGAACUAAAAGUACAUUUAAGUUGUGGGUGGAAGAGUGGAUGAUGAUGAUGAUAUCUGGGCAGACGAAGAGUAGGAUGAAUUUUGAUGUGGGUGAUAUUUGCUUAUGUUGUGGUCUGAGAGGUACAUGCCAACCCUGUGAUUUGUAUCAGCGGGUCCUCUGCAUUUAACAAGUGGGCGAAUCAACCGGUGUUAUUUGAUGAACCCACAUCCGGUUUAUAAUGUUCUUGGAGUGGUACCAUUGUGUUGUAUAUGACAAACACACAGACAGCCUUAGGCUUUCCAUGUGUACAGCUUUUGUAUAUUUAAUUCAAAUGUGUUACUAAACGUAUACUCGAGACAAAUUACGUUCUUGGAAAUAAAAACCCUAAAACACACAGUAAAA